UUGGAUGACAAAGAGGCGCUGAGCUGCCGGGCCGAGUACCGCUCCCCUUACCGCUGAUUACCGGCGAUUACCGGCUCCCCUUACCGCCCCCACCGCCUCUAACUACCGCCCGCAGAGCCGCCCGGUCCCUCACCGCCUCCACACACUCACCAGAUCAUAUGUUUAUAGAAGAAUUUAUAGAAGAUGAUGAGGAACCACCUCUGCUGCUCCGCCCCCGUCCUCCUGAUGCUGCUGGGUCCAUUGGGGGCGUUGGCUGGACCAUGCCAGUGGGGAGAGGAGUGUGUGUGUCUGCAUUGUCCUGCUGGAAAGGAGCCAACUACGGCCUGCAGUGAGGUGGAGGGUCCUGACGUGGUGGUGAAAUGCCGCCGCUGCCCCCUCGGCACUUUCUCGGACGCCGACGGCCCGGAUCAGUGCCGCCCAAUCACGGCCUGCAGGAGCCUGAACCGAUGGACUGUGACUCCGCCUACCUCACACUCUGACGCCAAGUGUGGAUCCUGCCUGCCUGGAUUUCACCCUGCAGCUCAGCAGAAGGACUCUGCCCUGCGCUCCUGUGAGAAAACAUCUCUGAAGCGGCUGAAGCGUAACGCGGGUAAGAGCGCCCCCCACGGGUCUGGAGUGGGUGUUGCGAACGCCACUAACGUGCACAGCCCGGAGGAGAAGAACACGGAGUACGCGGUGUUCGCUCUGGUGCCCAUCUUCUGCGUGAUGGGGCUGCUGGGUAUCCUCAUCUGUAACCUGCUGAAGAAGAAAGGCAUCCACUGCACUGCAGAGAAAGAGGCCGGAGACGAGGAGGCAGCCAUGCCUCAGAAAGAAGGUAACCCUUGCCCCUACAUUGUAGAAGAUCCUAAUGAAGACACUAUCAGUGUGCUGGUACGACUCAUCACAGAAAAGAAAGAAAAUGCUGCUGCUUUGGAAGAGUUAUUAAUGGAAUAUGAGAGAAAGCAGAUGGCCGUCAGCAAAGCCUCAUCCAUCAAGUUCCCUGUUCUCCCUCAUUUGGCUCAGUUCCGCUCUCUCCCCAGGCUCUGUACCCACCAGCAUCAUCUCCACACUAUAAACGGCCUGGCUCCUCGCUCUGGGCUCUGCUGUUCCCGCUGCAGUCAGAAGAAGUGGCCCGAGCUGCUGCUGCCCCCACUGACCCUAACCAACGACCUCCAGAAAACCCCCUGCAACCAAACCAAGCCCCCCACACCUACCGAGGGAACCAUCCUCUCUGUGGGAAGGUUCCAGGUGGCUCAGAUCCAGGAGGGGAAUCCGGUGUCUGUGACGUCGACGCCGGUGGAGUCCAGUGACACGGACUCAGUGGAGUCGGGCCACACCGAGCCGGCGGAAGAGAGGUCACUGCUGGGCCUGUCCGUUUCCUCCCACUCCGCCUCCUCCAAGUCCAGACAGGAGAUGUCUGAGUGAGAGGAUGGAAGAAAGACAGAUGAAGAACGAAAGAGAGAGAGAUAGAGAGAGAGAGCCUCACCGUCUGAUGGAUGACAUGACGUUGUCUCUGAGGCUGUGCAGAGGAAGAGUCUGGGCUGAAGCAGGGCGUUAUCAGGACUCACCCCCAUGGGGAGUUAAGAUUCAAAUUCCACAUCAGAAGAGGAAUCGGUAUUUAUUACGGACUCAAUGCAGCUAUUUUAUCACAGGAAAGCUAUUUGCUUCAGGCCUUGCCAGAGAAAGAGAGAGAGAGAGCGAGGGAGUGAACGAGGGGCCGGUGUGAGACCACUGUGGGCUUUUUGUGUUUCCGGAAAAAGAAAAAAGAAAAAACACUACAGAAGAGUCUGGAUGAGGGAAAAACCUCACUGCUCAAUACGGUCCAACAGUACCACUGCUUCCACAAGACCCAGCAUGAGAACCAGAGAUUAUAUACACAGUACACACUCACAUAUAUAUAGAUCAUUUGUAUUGAUCAGGUUUAAUUGUGAUUUUGGGAUCCUGGGAAAUGUAGUCUAAUAUUUAAAGCUCCUUUAAACUGUGUACAGUAUUCAGAAUUUUAAAACAAAUCCACUUUUAAAAGCUAAAUUCAGGGCAGCAGUGAAGGAAAUCUCUUUAUAUACUGUUUUGAAUGUAAUAUUAGAAUACAACGCCUUUAUUUUUUACUUUUAAUUCUAUAAAUCCACAGUAUAUCACACUCACAGGCGCAGACAGCUCAGACAGGGUUCAUAACUCCAGCUUUUUGGAAUGGCUCUCCGUAUUUACAGCAGCUUCCUUACUAUUAUUAUUAUUAUUAUUACUAUCCUGCCUCAAACAGGUCUGGCACAUUUUGAUGAUGCUUUAGAAAAGAGAAACGUUCUGUAAAUAUGUACAGCGUAGUAUGUAAAGAAAACAAAAGGUGAAAAAGAUGGUAUUUUUUAACAAUAUGUAUUAAAGCUCUUUUCUUGUACAGACACACUGCAGGCCACCUUAAAAUGAUGCAGUAACUCAUUGCCUCUAAUGGGUUUAGUCAACAUUUCUCAUAAUUUACCGUAUUUUUCGCACUAUAAAGUGCACCAGAUUAGAAAGCGCAUUAUGCGACACUAGUAAGGAACAGGGGUGUCGCCGUGUCUUCCUUCUAAUUCGGCUAAUCUAAGUAUACAAAACUGAAAUUCUUAAACAUUUCCUUUUAAAUCUACACAGAUUUCUCUCCUGAAAACUGUUUAUUUGGGUGAAUAAAGCGCUUCUGUUUAUUUACAGUACGAUUAGAUUUCCAGAUUUACACUAAGGCUAAGUGCAGCAGCAUUCAUUGAGGAACCCUGAGUGUUCCGGUAAGCCAGGGCACUACUAGCUUGCGGUUCGUCCCACGUAGCUUAUUUUAACAUGGUAAAGGAUUACAGUCCGAUAUACUCACCCCUAAAUGGCGAAAGAGCUAGCACUUAGCGUGGUAAGCAACUAAUGCUAAUGCUGCUCCAGCUGUGCUAGCCGGGGUUAGCAGCAGGCUAUAGUCCGAUUAUACUCAGCUCUGAAUGGUGAAAGAGUUAGCGCUUAGUGCGGUUAGCAUCUAAUGCUAAUGCUGGUCCAGCAGUGCUAGCCGGGGUUAGCAGCAGGCUAUAGUCCAAUUAUGCUUACUUCUGAACAGCAAAAGAGCUAGCGCUUAGCAUGGUUAGCAGCUAAUGCUAAUGUUGCUCCUGCAGUGCUAGCCAGGGUUACCAGCAGGCAACAGGCUGAUAACACUCACCUCUGAACUGUGAAAGAGCUAGCGAUUAGCUCAGUCAGCGGCUAAUGCUAAUACUGCUCCAGUCUCUGUGCUGGAGAACUAAACUGAAAGUGACUUUACUGCUCCUUAAUUCCUGAAAUUCAUACAUACAUUUACGCGCACCUGAUUAUAAGGUGUACUUGUCGAUUUUUGGGAAAAUUAAAGGAUUUUAAAUGCAUCUUAUAAUGUGAAAAAUACGGUUCAUUUUUUUUUACUUCUGCAUCUCAGUUUGAGCAACAAUACACAUUGAGUUGCACCUCAAAAACCUUAGUAAAUGAGCUUCAACCUAAAUUUAUUCAUUAUUUCAUAAUAUGUUUAGUCUUUGGCUCCGCCUCCUCAAUUUUAUACAGGUUAGGCUUCUUUGAAAUUGGGUAUAUAUGCUGUAUCAUCCCCAUUGUAUACCAAAUAAAGCCACAAAAGAACUGUGCAAGACAACAGUGGUAUUAAUAGGGGGCAUUAAAUUUAUGACCUCAUGUCUGUAGCUUAAUAAACAGGCAGUUAGACAGUCACUCCGGUCUAGAGCUGUUAUACUAACGACACACUGUGUCCAAAACAGAAAGGAAAGAUCAAUUUCACAGCUCUAGACCGGCCCUACGGUCUAACUGCUGCUCAUCAAGAGCUCUGAACUCUGAACUCUGUUAAAAGCAUCUCAGUCUGGGCACAUAUAUAUAUAUAUAAAUAGGGGGUGCAUAGAAUAUUUGGCAACAAAACAUAAAUUAUUUAGACAAAAGUUGUCAAAAGAAGGCUGGAUAAUUUGACAAUAACAAAAUAGUGAAUAAUAUAUUUUAAGUCAUUGUACUAAAAUUAUAUUUAAAAAAUUUAGUGAAGAUAAAUAGACUGUAUAACCUAUGCAUUGGUGAUAAAAGUUGCAAAAGUAAUGAAAACCAUUGAACAAACAAGUUAAGUAUUCAAUUAAAUAUUUAAUUGAAUUUUUGUUUAAUUACUGUCAUGAACUUUUAUUCCAGUCUUCAAUAUUAAAUUUAUUAUGUAAAAAAAAAAAUCUUAAAAAGAAAAGAAUUAGAAGAGGAAUGUCCAAGCUUUUGACUGGCGCUGUAUAUUACUGAUGAGGCUCAGCUCAGUGUGAUUUGUUGAACAAAUUGAGUUGGAGACAUAUUAGUUAAUCGAGUUAGGAGGAAUGUGCCUAAAAUAAGUAGCGUUAACUCAUUUUAAGUUGGCCUGGACUGACAUUUUUCCGGUGCAUGAGCGCUGGAGUACUCCGUGUACAUCGAGCAUUGCUCGUUUCAGUGCUGCCCUUUUACUUUAUGUUCUCAUAGUUAGAGAAACAUGGAAACAUUUCUUAUUUUUUAGUUUGACUCAGUUUUGGUUUAAUGUCUGAUCAGUAUAACAUCAGCAGCAUGAACUCGGGAAAACUGCUGCUGCUGCUGUUGAGUAUUAGUAGUGUCUGAGUUGAGUGGUGACUUGUCAAUCCAGAUUGUUCUGAUUAUCCAUAUUUUUUUUUAUUUAUUAUUACAUCAAUCAAUCCCUCAUUUUUUACAAUUAUUUAAUUUAUUAUUUUUUAUGAUCCUAUUAAACAUAAUAUGGAUGCUUUUGACUCUGAGGAAGUGGGGAAAGAGGCACACUGGAACACAAGCCUGUGGCUUAAUUCAUACAAUAUAUAUGAGAAUACUAGUGCAUCUCAAAAAAAUAGAAUAUAAUAGAAAAGUUCCUUUAUUUCAGUAAUUCAGUUCAAAAUGUGAAACUCAUAUAUUAUAUAGAUGUAUUAAACACAGAGUGAUCUAUCUUAAGAGUUGAUUUCUUUUAUUGUUGUUGAUUAUGGUUUACAGCCAAUUAAAAAAAACAAAUAGAUAGAUAGAUACUUUAUUGAUCCCCGAGGGGAAAUUCUUGAAAUAUCAGUGUCUCAGAAAAUUAGAAUAUUAUAUAAGACCAAUUUAUACUUUUGGCAGUGUGGGCAGUGCGCCAAGUCCUGCUGGAAAAUGAAAUCCCCAUCUAAUAAUAUGGACAUGAAUAUAAUAAGGUUUAAGUGUCUUAAAUAAUAAUUCAAUGCUGUGUGUCUUCAUUCCCUCUUCCCUUGAGUCAGCGUUUUCCUCUUGAUUAAAGGAGAACUCCAGUGUAAAAUGAUUUUUUUAUUUUUUGUUGUAGUAAAACAUGAUAAAAGUCCUUACCUUUGAUGAAUAGCACACUCUGUUCUCCCACAGCAUUCAGAGAUCCAGAACUGACUGGGCGACACGGGGCAUAAUUUACCCUGAUAAAUCACUUUUUCCACCGUUAUCCAGCUCAAAGUAGCUCCACACCUCCUUACUAGAAUCCGGAGAGCCCUGACAUUUAAAAUGAGGCAUUAAUAACUUAAAAAAGUGCAAAAGAAGCUUAUUAAACACUGCUAUCACUGUGAACUGAUAAUGACGUAGACAUAUAUACAUAGACGUAGACUCUGCAUAGCGUAGCAGCUGGUGCCAAGAGGCAGGCUAUGCGGAGUCUAUGUAUAUAUGUCUGUUAACUGUUAAAAUUUCUGGAUCUCUGAACGCUGUGGGAGGACAGAGUUGUGCUAUUCAUAAAAGGUAAGAACUUUUUAUCAUGUUUUACUACAACAAAAUUAAAAAUCCAUUUUUAAAUUGGACUUCUCCUUUAAAUGAAGGGAAGUUAUAGGGGCAUUCAGUACUAGCCUAUUGAAACACUGUGAUUAUUAUCCACCAGGUGUCAUCAAAGCUACCUCCCUCCCACUUUAACUAUCAGUAAAUCUGCCUGAACUAAAAGCAGUACAGGACGCCCAUAUGUGUGUGUGUGUGUAAGAGAGAAAGAGUGUGUGUACACUGGAAAUGAUGCCUGUAAUCUCAUUUUAAUGCAAACAGGUGGAUUUCCACUUGUCGCAAUGUGGUGCUUUAGGAAAAACACGCACAAACACUCAUACACACUCACACUCACACACAUUCACACUCAUAGUACGAUACAGGGCGUCUCGACUGCAGUACUCAAGGUACUUCGAAUAUAUCAGACUUUUUCUAUUAAUACUACUUGCUGGAAGCAAUAUGUGAAACUCUUUAUCAUACCUUAAUUAUAUAAUUCUCUAUCAUAUAUUACAUUCAUCAUUAAAAUAAUGUUUGCACCCAGAAGGAAGAUUAAAAAUAACCAGAAACAAUAAAUAAAUACACUCUACGCAGGUUUACCUACUGUAGGUGUGUCACGAUGCUCAUUGCUAUCUUACACCCCAACAGCCAACAGACUGUUUUCACACCUUUGGCAUCUGUCGACUAAAUAGCAACAGUGCUUCUGAUUAUACAGCUCUGGAAAAAAAUUAAGAGACCAAAUCAGAACACUUUCUAAAUCAGUUUCUCUGAUUUUGCUAUUUAUAGGUUUAUGUUUGAGUAAAAUGAACAUUGUUGUUUUAUUCUAUAAACUACAGACAACAUUUCUCCCAAAUUUCAGACCUCAAAUAUAAGAAAACAAGUUCAUAUUCAUAAUGUUUUAAGAGUUCAGAAAUCAAUAUUUGGUGGAAUAUCCCUGGUUUUUAAUCACAGUUUUCAUGCAUCUUGGCAUCAUGUUCUCCUCCACCAGUCUUACACACUGCUUUUGGAUAACUUUAUGCUGCUUUACUCCUGGUGCAAAAAUUCAAGCAGUUCAGUUUGGUGGUUUGAUGACUUGUGAUCAUCCAUCUUCCUCUUGAUUAUAUUCCAGAGUUUUUAAAUUUGAUAAAAUCAAAGAAACUAAUCCUUUUUAAAUGGACAGAGCUAUAUUUCUACAAGGAUGUGCGUGCUGGUCUGGAAAUAAGGUGUGUUUUUCUGACAUAUUGCUAUCUUGGCAGCGAAAAACACAGAUGCGCCACUGACUGAUUGGAACCAGUAAUUGGAACAGUCAACUGUCAGACGUUCAUUUCAUGAUGCACCCAAAACACACCCAUGAUUGAUUAAGGGAAUUAGUGCAUGCCUAUCGCUCUGUUCAAACCACGCAAGGUGUACUUUUCCCGUCAUUACGAUAGCAAAGACACACAGACGCGCCCUAAAUCAAUCUGCACGGUGCUCUUUAAGACUGAUAUGGUAACUCUUGGUCAUGUAUAUUGAGCUACACAUGCAGAAGUAGUGUGUUACGCAUGUGCAACAUGCUAACGUUCCAGACGUCUCAGCAUGUAGAGAGUUGUAGAGGUUCCUAAUGGGUUUUCUUCAUGUGAUAAUCCAUCAGAUCUAUGCAGCUCCAAUAUUCUCACACAGUUCCUGAAGAUUGCUGCUUUUUAAUGCAAGCUUUUGAUACUGCAGCAGUAUGUGGACGAGCAUUGUCCUGCUGAAAUAGAAAUACCUUAGAAUAAAGGUAGAGUUACUGGUUACAAGACCUCGUUAACGUAACGAUGGGUUGUCGAAGUGCCUGUAAUGAAGACCAAAGGUGAUCUGGCAUCGUAAAAAACGUGGGUCACUACCCACCGAGUUUCAUUCCUGGCUAUUAAUUCCUUCUGGGUGCUAGUAUUUAUUUAAUGAUGAGUGUAGAAUGAAUUUAACCUCUAUCUGCUGCUUCUCCAGUGUGAACUCUUGGCUGUUUGAUGCUUAUAAAAGAGCAGAAAAGUGAAAGUCAUUGUGCACAUUCUGACAUCGCAGAUCACGAUUAGGUUGAUAUGCCUUUAAUAUGUUUAUUGUAUGAAUUGUGCAAGUAUUUAAAAACAUCGAACAAAUCAUGACUGACCAUCUCAAUCUUCCAAUAACUUUUUUUUUUAUCAUUUUCUUUCUAUUUCUUUUAUUUUAUUUUCACAUGUUAAUCUGUAAAUGAAUUGAAAAGACACUCAGUGAACACUCUCUUUAAUUUCUGCCAUCUGCAUGGACUUUUUAUUAAAUAUGAUGUUUUAAACAGUUCAUUUUUCUUCUUCAUUCCCUGAACAUGGCCAGUAUUUUAUCAUAUUUAUAGCUUUUGAGAUCUCUGGGUUCUACCAUAUGUGUUAAAAUGUUAAAAUAACUCGAUUGAUGUGACAGGGAACAGAAAGAGACAUUGGUCUCUGCAUUGUUGUUGCUUUUAUUUAUUAUUAUCAUUAUUAUUAUUAUUAUUAUUAUCAUUAUGAUGAUGUUAGCCUUUUCUUCAUAUUUGUACUCCUUAAAUAAAGAAUUAGUUUAUUGCA